AUGUCCUACGACGACCAAUACUACGGAUCAUCCAGCCGCCGCGGUGGUGCCAGUGGCAAAUACGAUGACUAUGAUGGACCACCUCGGGACCGUGCACGUCCGCAUAGACAAACCUCUGGUGACCUACCAAGAAGCUCACACCAAGGCUACAGGGUUGACGAAAGAGCCUACCGUCGCGACUCCUUAGAGGAACCCGUAAGACCUUCCUCUUAUCGUGGUGGCGCUAGCGGCAGCGGUGAUCGACGUGAUCCCUAUUACAGUCGGCGCGCUGAAGAUUAUGAUUCGGAACGGCCGGCUUCUCGCGACUACGUACCUCAACGUCGCGGGGGAGACUAUCGGCCGCGUCCUGCUGACUCACAACGUCCAAAGCCAUCUAAAGUGCUUGGGGUCUUUGGGCUUUCCACCUAUACGUCUGAACGCGACCUUUUCGAUAUAUUUUCUGAAUUCGGACACGUAAAGGAGAUCAAGAUGAUAUAUGACAACCUGACAGGAAAAUCGCGUGGCUUCGCCUUCGUUUACUACGACUCUACGGAGGACGCCACACAGGCAAAGGCUAGAGGCGAUCAGGGCAUGGAGAUUGAUGGCAGACUAGUUCGUGUGGACUACAGUAUUACCCAGGCCCCUCAUCCGCCCACACCAGGCGUUUACAUGGGAAAGUCCAAAAGGUGA